CAAAAAGAAGCUGGCCAGGUGUACUGAGUCUCAGUCAGUGCUGGUCAUGACCACAACUCCAUGCGGUUAGCUUGGCGACGGGAGCUGACAGAGUGAGGAGACAUCUCGGGUCAGGAUGGUGAGGUGCUGGAAGCAUUCAGAGGAGGAAGCUCGGUUCAYGGAUGGGGCCCACUUCCUACAAAAGACUUUUAUCAUCGGUCUCUCAGCCCUUCUGUUCCUGGUCAUCUUUGCCCUUGGGUUGAUGAGGCACCCCCGGUUGUCCGGUCCCAAGUCUCAGCCCUUGCAGAUUGUGGGGAUCAUUGCACCUGAUGAGGCUGGCGUUCUGUUCAACCAGUCAGCUGUUGUGGACCAGCAGAACGGCCUUGUGACGUUUUCUGUGACCUCGCCGGCGAAUCAGACGUCCACCGUGCUCUACGACGUAAAACAUGGUUUGAUUUGUUACAAACCCGUCGAUCAGAACAUCUGCCUACUCCGAACGAUGGAGCAGUCAGACUACGACAACGUGAACUCCCUCCUCCACCGACCAACACACGAGAGUUGGUUUCAGCUUUCUGCUAACAACACGCAGAGGCAGACAGAGUUCCUGGCGGUCAGUCGGGUGAACGUGUCCUCGCUGGAGGAGCCUGUUCAGGCUCUGUGCCAGGACAGACCUGUCCACUGGACCCAGAGGGCUGACGGCCCAGGCAAACAGAGGCUGGUCUACUUCUGCAUCGACAUCUGUUUUCCCAGCAACAUCUGUGUGUCUGUGUGCUUCUACUACCUGCCCGAGUGACUCUGGGUUCUGUUUCUCCCAAAAGUCUAAUAAAAAAAUAAACAGAAGAGGGAGACUUAUGUCUUUUUAUUUGCCCCCUUUCAAUGCAAAAAAAGUCAUGGAUUGUCAGACUAUUGAAGACAGAAAAAAAAAAAGACAAGCUAAUUUAAGAAAUAGAGAAGGACUUCUUUUUCUUUUUUUAGACAAAUGAUUUGUUUUCUAUAGUGUAGUAUAGCAUAGUUUUAUCUAAAAACACACACUGUGGGUAUUUUUUUCUUUAUUAGUAAUAAAAAAGAUAAUAUUUAAUUUUUUUUUCAYAUGACUGUUUCCCUAAUGGGAUCAUCAGGACAGCUGUGCACCUUGCACCAAGUUUGGAUUUAUACUGAAUGACUGCUGAGUUUUCUGCAAAAAAAACAAAACAAACAAAAAAAAAAA